UCCCAGAUCCCUCCCAAGCGUAUAGUAAACAGAGCCCCGCUGUGGAGGCGGCUUAGUUGGCUGGCGGAGCCGCUGUGGAGAAAGGAGUAGGCCUUGGAGCCGCGGCCUCGAGUGAGGCCUAGAAACCUGUGAGGGAAGCGAGGCGGUGAUGUGGCGGCGGAGGCGGAGAGGCGCCUGAGGGGAAGGAAGGAAGGAAGGAAGGAGGGAAGAGCGGCGCCAUGAUGGCGGAGCCGGCCGGGAGCGAGGCUUCUCCUCCGCCUUCGCCGUCUUUGGACCCGGAGUUCCCUCCUCAGAGCCGCCCGCGCUCCUGCACUUGGCCCUUGCCGAGGCCCGAGGUUCCUCCGCAGCCGCCGCCGCAGACGCCAGGGGAGGCCGAGGGCGGCGGAGGCGGCGGCGGCGUUGGGGCCGGGAGCGGCCUAGGCAGCCCCGGGGAGCCUGGAGGUGGCGUGGCGGCCCAGUCCGGGGCAGGAGCAGGAGGGCCGAGGAAGAGUGGGACUAGUAGCGGCGGCGGCGGUGGCGGGGCCCGUCGUAACGCGUGGGGGAGCCAGUCGUACGCGGACCUGAUCAGCCAAGCCAUCGAGAGCGCCCCCGACAAGCGCCUCACCCUGGCCCAGAUCUACGAGUGGAUGGUCCGCUCCGUGCCUUACUUCCGAGACAAAGGCGACAGCAACAGCUCCGCCGGAUGGAAGAACUCUAUUCGGCACAACCUCUCCCUGCAUAGCAAGUUCAUGAAAGUGCACAACGAAGCGACUGGGAAGAGCUCUUGGUGGAUGCUCAAUCCAGAAGGCGGCAAGAGUGGGAAGGCUCCACGGCGGAGAGCAGCCUCCAUGGACAACAGCAGCAAGUUGGCCAAAGUCCGAGGGAAAGCCUCUAAGAAGAAGGCGGCGGCAGCAGCGGCCAUGCAGGUGGCCCCGGAGCCUACUGCCGACAGCCCAGGCUCCCAGUACCCCCCCAAGUGGCCCGGCAGUCCUUCUUCCCGGAGCAAUGAAGAAUCUGACGUAUGGACCAGCAUCCGGCCUCGGACCAGUUCCAACGCCAGCAACAUCAGCGUGCGGCUUUCUCCAAUCCUGACUGAGCAGGAUGACCUGGCGGAUGAGGAGCUCCUCCCCUCCUUGGUCUAUUCCAGUGCCUCCAACAAUGUCCCCCCGACAGUGACAGAGGAACUGGAACUCAUUGACGGCCUGAACCUGAUGUCACCCAGCUCAUCCCUGUUGCCAGCUCAGCAGACAGCUUCGAGUGGCCUGUCCCAAAGGAACCCCAGCUUUCCCUUGCGAGCCCAGACCUCGGCCGCUCAGGCCUCAUCGUUCAGCAGCUCCCUCUUCAACCCCGUUGAUAUCUCUCUCCACAGCUCUGCUGGCCACUUCUCUGGCCCACAGACCCUGGAAGCCCUCCUGGCGUCCAACUCACCACCGCCCAGUGAUGUGAUGAUGACACAGGUGGAUCCCAUCCUUCCGCAGAGCGGAGGCAGGCUGAACAGCCAAACAUUUCUGCUCCUGGGGGAGCAGUCCUCCAAAACCAAGAUGAGCCUGGUGAACCCACUCAGAAAGUCUUUGGAGCAGCAGCAGCAGUUGGAGUCAUCAAGUGCUACUGCUUUGCCCUCUACCUUUACCAUGGCGACCUCUCCUCAGAAUGCGGCCAGCUUGUCAACUCUGAAGGCAAUGAGCUCGGGGCAGCCUGCUCAGGUGGCCCAACUAGGCACCCAGCCAUCUCUGUCCUCUGCCACUUUUGCCCCCUUCGGAGGGAACCAGGACAGGCUGCCCAAUGACUUGGACGUUGACAUGUAUAUGGAGAACCUUGAAUGUGACGUGGAUUACAUCAUCAACACCGACCUCAUGGAUGGAGAAGGACUGGACUUCAAUUUUGAACCCAUUCCAUCUGCUCCCAGCUACCCCAGUACAUCACAGUCCUCCAGCCAUACUUGGGUACCCAGUUAACUUCAUGACUGACAAAGUGCCCUUCUGGUUCUGGAGCUUCCGCACCCCCCAGAAGAGUGUCCGUAAUGCAAGGAGCACCCAGUGUCUGUCCUACUGCUGUGCAAGCCAGCUGGGAGCCGGGGGGCAAGCUGUGGAAGGAGGAGAGCAAUUCCGUCAAGUGCCACGUCUUUUCCGGUGUUGACCGUCUGCCCUGCCAGAGGAGCCUGAAGAAUGCUCCACUCACGGCCAAAGACUCCUCUUGCCCUGUGAAAGCAUUCUCCAAAUUCUAUGGGUUUUGGACCCAGCCGUGAGGAGUCGUAGGAGGAGGCUGUCUGAAGGAGAGCCUCUUCACCUCCUCCCUCCAGCUGAUUUCUGCCUCAGCUGUUCCUUUUACUUGGCCCCCUAAGCCUUGGAGGGAAGAUGGUCUGCAAAGGACAUGGCUGCCCCUUCUGUUGUGCGCCUUGGGCCUGACUCCUCCUCUUGAUGGGAGAAAACAGAGGCAAAGAGAAAGAGAGAAAGUCAACUCCUCUCUGUGUGGUGGCCAUGUAGAUGGGUGGCUGGAUGGAAGGACUGAGGCAUCUUCCAGCUCAUUCUCACCUGGUUCAGCCAAGCAGCCCCUCUGAGGAGCUGAGGCAGGCUAGACCUGGCCUGGCAAAGGCCCCAUCUGUGCAACGACAUCCCUGAAACUGUGACUGCCCCAAAGCAGGUGCUAUUAAGAGAAGGAGAAGAAGGAAAAGCUGUUGCUAAGAAACCAAAACAACUUCUUUGGGUUUGUUCCUGGGCUGUUGUGCGGAGGAAUGGAAAACCCAGAUCUGGCCUUAAGCAGAGCCCCGAGUGGUAUUCAUGUUUUUUCCUUCAUUUCUUUUCUUUUCUUUUUUUUCUAAUCCAGAAGGGCAUUUUCUACAGAUGAACUAUUUUGGAGCUUUUUUAAAACAAACAAAUAAACAAACCCUAAUCCAGACAGUGGACAGGGCUUUCUGCGGUAGCCUUGAAACCAUUGUUAAGUGUCUCCAUACUGAGUGCCUUUCCCUCCCUCGGACAACGUUGGCAAUGGUGGCGGCAAGCUGCAUGAAGAACAACAACUUGGCAACGUCUUGGGCACGUGAGCUGGCUUGGGGAGGGGUUGGGGGUGGAGGUCGGGGGGAGGAGAAGGGCAGCAAGCCAGCCUUGUUCUUUGGAACUGGGGCAGAUGAGGGAGUUGUACAUUAUAGAUCAUUACCUGUAAAGCUAGCAGCAGAUUAACUAGCAGCUUUUGUAAACCUGAGGCAGGUGGGAGGGAAGGGUGGGGAGAGCAACUCUCUAUAUUUUAACAAGAGGAUCCUAUGAAAUUAUUGGCUAAAUGUGCAGCUCGUUUUCUUGCAGCUUUAUACUUUUGUUUGUUUUGAUACCAGACAGAACACUAAAGCACAUGAAAGUGGGACUUGGUCUGCGGAGGGGAUUAGGGGAAAGCUACUUGGGUGGGUGGAUGGGGGAGAAGUGGGGCGAGAGGCGAGGGGGGCCCUCCUAGCAGCCUUGGGCUUUCAGCAGCUAAUCGUGAAGUGCCAGCAGGAGAUGUUGGACCCUGUAAGCCUGGGAGGAGCUGGGUCACAGCUGCCACUUCUGAGCCCUUGACCUCUUUGUCCAGAACCUCCUUGGAGGGAGGGCUGGCUCAGGUUCACCACAGCUCAGCAACUGCAGCAGCGGCUUUUGUGAUGGUGGCAAGGGGGAUGUCACCAGAUGUGCCUCAAGCCAUCUCCUGUUGCUGAGCCCAGAAGGCCAAAAGCCCAGAGAGAACACUUAAGGGGUAUGUUGGUGAUCAUUGUAUCACUCUCACAAAAGUGUCUUGGGCAUCCAGGAAGGUUUUGAAGGCCACUUUCUGUCCAGAUGCAUAUUCAGCAUAGGAAUUGCGAACACAGGAGGGUCAGGGAUGUAGCCAAGGGGGGGGGAUCUGGGGGUCCGGAUCCCCCCCCUUCCAUUAAAAAAAUGAAUGGUGUGUGCUGCUGCACCACCGCACUCAAGCCCCAUUAUAAUGGUGGCACUUAGUCUGGACCCCCCCCCCUUCCUAAAAUCCUAGCUACGUCCCUGGGAGGGUCCCCUUCCACUGUUAAAAAUCCUCCACAAGAUGCCAUGGUACUACUGUGCAUGCCCCAUUCUGCCCUGGGUGUGCUUGGUGUCCCAUUAGCCUGGGAGAAACAGGGAAGUUUUAGCCCCCUCUUCUUGAGUAGUUUCUUAAAAUGUGCCUCUACAGCCACCUUGCAUUCCUUUCUGCCUUGGGUGCAGAAGGCCCUAGUGCACAUGUGUCUGAAUUUGUAGGGCCCAUGUGAAGGCUGUUUCAUGGUGGGGAAGAGGUUCUGGCAGCCCAUUCUGCAAAAACUUGAGCAUGUAGCCACGCAUUCAAAGAGUGAACAGUGGCAGACCUUAGGAACUGUCUGCUGUUUGUAGGGCCACUUCAGUGACCUGUGUAGACCAUGAAGGAUGAACUGAUCUUUCAUCAAUUGUUUCCCAGGAGAGUAGCUGCGUUAAGUCUGUUGCAGCAAAAAUAACAAAGAGUGUUGCAGCACCAUAAAGAGGAAUGAGUUGUAUUUGGCAUAAGCUUCUGCACACUCCACCCCAUGUGUGUGCUUUUGUUGUGUAUUCCUGUAUGACAGGAGGAUGGACAAAAUGGCCCUUGUGGUCCCUUCCAGCUCUAUGAUUUCUAUAUUAAGAUGCAUCUGAUGAAGAGGGUGGCAGACACUGCAAGCUUAUGUUGCAUGAAACCUGUUCUUCUUUAAGGUGUCAUGGGAUUCUGUAUCAGCUGAUCUUAAGUGAUCUUGAAGAGGCCUCCAGAGGCCCUACCUGAUUUUUUCCCCCUUUCCCUAUCCACUUUGGGGGUAUCCUCAAUGCCAAGAGGAGAGGGACAGUCUUGUUGGAUGUUAAGGGUGGAUUAAUGGAUGCAGGCAGCCCAAGGUCUGGGUCUACUAGCAAAUCAGUGGGUUUGGGGAGCAACAGGGAGUGAAUUGCCUACUGGGUGUCUGUGUAUGUUCCCCAGAGCCUUUAGCUAUAGUACCUAUGGCUGACUUCUGUUCAGGAGAGUGUUCUGGUGGGCCCUGAAGUGGUAGAAGUGACACAGCGUUCUCUUAGGCCCUUUCUUGGUGAGAUUAGUGGUAUGGAGGAGAGCUGGUUUGGACAGGUGUAACCCUAUUUUAUUUGAGCCUUCCUGGUCCUGUGCGUCCGUCCUGUCUCUUGUAACAGCAUUGUCAUCUCUGCCUCUUCUUUCUGGGCCUUCCUAGUGUCUCCCCUCCCCUCUAGAGAGAAGAGCCUGUGUGAAAUGUGCUGGAAAGCAAAAUGUGACAAAUAAAAUCUCUGUAAUCUUCUAA